AUGGCCAAACUGGAUAAGCUAUUGGAAAAAGGCCAAAAGACGACAGCCACCACGGAGCAGGGACAGGCGGCCGUGGUUCGUCAAAUCACUGUCAUGGAACAAGGAUUUACAAUCCCGUUCAAGGCCAUCGCGACACUUCACGACCAUGGCGGGGACGGGCACCAGGCAACGAAUCGCCGGUGGCGACCAUCGUUGAGCAAGCGGGAGACCAUCGUCGAAAUUCGCCAAAUCUACCCAACAGAAGCACCCCCUAAGAUGAUCGUGGGAUGA